CGGAAACGCGGCGGCUGCGACCUGCGGGCGGCGCGUCGAGGCAGGUGUCUGACCCCGCUCCUGGGCCGACUUCCUCAGCAGCCUUCUCGUGUGUGGCGGGUUCCCGCCCAGGGAAGGUCUCUGGCUUGGGAUCCCGCAACCCCCCGCCUGCGUUCAGGGGCAGAGGGACCAGCCCCUCCCCUCGCUUCCCGGGCCAGCCUGUGGAGCCUACCCCAGCGGCAGUAGCCUGGACGCGCAGGGGUCGCGGGGUCGCAGGAUCACCAGUCGCGGCAAGGGAGGUAGAACUCUGCGGAGCUGGCGGGCGCCGAGCCCUGGUGCGGGAGGUGCCCGCUCAGGAGAAGGCCCGGACUCUGGCUGAGGCUCUUCUCCUACACCUUCCUGCCCCUUUUGGACCCAGUGCCAGGCCCUACGAACAGGGAAGCUGGCUGGAAGCCGCUCCUCCACCCCCUACCCUACUGUCCCGCCCAGGGCCCCGCAGCCUCGCGGUCAGCUGUGUGGGCCAUUGAUUGCCAGUUCUGCCCAGCUCAGAACGAGUUGUGGGCGUGGAGGGUCUCCUGCCUGGCUGUCUCCUGCGCUCGGCUAGGGAGCCCUUACAUAGCCGAAAGUUGCCGAGAUGAAGGGUGAAUGAGUGAGGGCGAAGUGGAGGGUGAAGGCUGGAAUGCUUGGGUCUUGUGGCUCAGGUCUGGGACCUCGUUUUUGUCCUGGAGCAGAGGGAAUACGUGUCAUGGUAAUGAGAAUGCCCACAGGGCCCCCUGAGGGUAGCCCAGAGUGUGUGGAGAUGGCUGGGAAAGGUGAGCCUUCAGUUUGGGGGGUCAGGUAGGUGAGGGCCUGUCACUGAGGUCAAAGGAGCUGUGGGCUGGGCCUGGUGGUGGAGGCAGGUGCCUGUAGUCUCAGCAAUUCAAGAGGUGGAAGUGGGAGGAUCACUUAAGUCCAAGAAUUCGAGGUUACCGUGAGCUGUGAUCACACCAAGGCACUUCAGCCUGGACACCAGAGCAAGACCCUGUCUCUAAAAAAUUAAUUAUUAAUUUAAAAAGAGGCUGUGGGCAGGGGCAUACUAUUCCCAGUGAGCGUUCAGCACAGUCCCCAGCUUGUCACUGUUACCUGUCUGCUUCCCCCACACACCCAUGGCUAUGCUGGGCUGGCCCACAGGCAGCAGUGCCCCCAUAUUUAUCCCGCAGGUGCUGUCAGGUUAGGUAGGGGAUGCUGGGGCCUCCCUCAGGGUGCUGGCCACUAAGUGGUCCCCCCCCCCCGCUAAGCUGAGCAGUGGCUCAGCCUCUCACACCUCCAAGCUGGGCUGGCCCAGCCCAGAACUCACCCAGGGGCCUGGUCUGGGGUCUCCCUGGAGGCUCCUGGUAACAAACAGCCCCUCCCCUUCUGGGUGCUGGUAUCCAUGGCAACGGUAUAGAGCCCUUCCCUCCCAGGCCUGCUUGGAGGUCUGGCCUCAGGUGAGUGCUGGGGGUAGGGCCCUGAACUGGGGGUACAAGAGAAAGAGGGACACCACAUGACAGGCAAAGGGCCAGCACCUGGGUGGCAGGGGGACAUGCCAGGGAUAUGUCAGGUGGUGACCUGCUGCCCCAUCCUGGUCAGAAACACACAGGUGUGGACAUCCACAUGUGGGUCUCUUCAGAGAGCGACGCUCUGUGAGCAGUGGUGCCGCCUGGGCUGCUCCAAGCUGUGUGGCCACACGAGGCACACAUAGCCAACUUGGGACCCCCACCCCUCCACUCCUGAAGAACAUUGAGAAUGGCCCCCAAGUCUGGCCAGGGGGUUGAAGAAGCCAAGGAAGAGGCUCUUCUGUCCCCCACAGAGCGAGAGUCUGUCAGUGGUCACCUGGGACCUCCAGCAGGCGCACCUGCAGCCCCCGAGACCCCCACAUGCCUGCCGGACACCACGCCCCACCCCACACGGGCGGCCUGCUCUGCUGACCUGCAGCUGGCUCUUGAGUCCCUGGACCCUCGCACACUGCGGCUGCUGUGGAGGCAGCGAGAACUGGAGAUCCAGGCCUUGCGGUGGGCUGUCCAGAAUGGCAAGGACACCCGGCUCUGCCACAUCCUGGAGGAGGUGGCAGGGAUUCCACCCAACAGGAGCUCCCACAGUCAGGAGAAGUUCCUGCAGAACCAGGUCCAGAAGCUGACCCUGGAGUUGAAGGAACAGAAGGAGCGAGCCCAGUGGGAGAAGGAGCACCUGGAGGAGCGGCUAUUGCAGACCACCCGCACGCUCCAGGAGGUGGAGGCCGAGCUGCAGAACUUGCAGAAGUCCUGCCUCCUGCAGCUGGCCCGCUCCUCGUGGGUGGGCCGCAUGCUACGAUCCCAGACUGGCAGUGUGGAGGUGGUGACAGCAGAGACUCUGAUGGACCCAAGUGACCUCUCUGAAAACAUUCAGGCCCCCACUGGGGAGGGCUUUCGACUGGAGGACGUGGACUGGAACAGCAUUGCCCACCGGUACCCCAACCUCUUCAUCAACAUGGAGCCCAGCUCAAAGCAAAAGCAGCCCCAGCCCUGGCCACAGCUGGAUACAGGGAGCUCAGAGUCCUCUGGAAAGCACUCUGAGCGGCAUCACAAGACGGUGGAGUGGGGCUGCCUGCCCUGUCUGAACACCAGCAGCUCAGGGGGCGCUGACUCGGACUCCAGCAGCUACCGGCCGGGCCUGCCUUCCCUCGUGCAGGUGGUAGGGCACCCACCCCGGGACCACCAAGCUUCCUCCAAUCAGGCGCUGGUACAGGCCAGGAGCUCCAGCAGGGACUUGGAAGAUCUCCAGAAAACCCACUCACCCAGGCACGGCGAGCCAGUCCUGGCGCCCCAGCCCUGCACAGACCCUGACCGUCGGAGCCCGGAACACCUGCAGAGCCCGAUAGGCCUGAAGAUCGUGGCCGUGAGCUGCCGGGAGAAGUUCGUCCGCAUCUUCAACCCGUCGCUGGAGAGCACGGCCGACCUGAGCUGCAUGGUGCUGAAGCAGCUGGUGCGCGGCUUGCCAGAGCGCCUGUACCGCUUCCCGCCGGGCACGCUGCUGGCCCCGCGGCACCACAUCACGGUCUGGGGCGAGGGGACCCGCAGCGCCAAGAAGCCGCCGCGCGCGUCCUCGGGCCGGGAGCCCGUCCCCCUCCUCUCCAGCCGCGGCUGCGCGACGCUGCUCCUGAGCCCCAAGGGCGAGGUUCUCAGUGAGCACCGGAUCCCACGCCGCGAGACUCCGGCCCCGAGGGUCUUCGACGACGGCACCGACCUGUCCAUCGACCGCUUCCCGCUCCCUGAAUCAGGGCCCCGCGCAGACACCUGCAAGCCGCCGCGCCCACCUCAACCCCUGCGCAAAGGCCGGGUGCGGGAGCCCCGGGUCAGUCGCCGGAGACCAGGCACGCGGGGCCUGCUGCCCCCAAUGAGCUCGGGGAAACUCUUCCACGCGCGGGAGGGGCCCGCGCGGCCCGAGACUCCCGGGAUCCCCGCGCCGCAGCACCUGCCCACCAUCCCAGGUGACCCCACCCUGCCGUCGCCUCCCGCAGAGGCCGGGCUGGGACUGGAGGACCGUCGGCUCCAGAAGGAGCAACGAGUUCGGGUGUGCCGGAAGCGCGUGGACCGGAGCUGCCCCCUGGUGGCCCUGUCGGUGCAGAGCACGGCGGAGAGCAGAUUCGGCUUCCGCUUCCUCAGCUGCCUGCCGGUCACCGCGGACACCUGCCGCGGCGCCUAGGCGCGGAGGAGCGGGCCGGGACCGCGAGGGAGGGCGCGGGCGGGCGCGGGGGCUGGGCGGGCUGUGUCCGCUGCAUCAUUUAUUGAACCAACAUGGCCUACAAAGUAAACCGCAUUUCUGUA